UAACAACUGGGGGGCGCGUCUGUUUCAGGGAAGCGGGUUUUAAUUUCAAACCCAAAUAGUCCGACACGAGCUUGGAGUUAAUCCACCGCGCUUGGUCCUGGAAAUUAAAUUUAUACGAAAGCUUUUAUUUAUUUCGCGUUAGAGGGAAAUUGUUUUGAUUUUUUUUCUUUAUUAAAAUCAACGGAAGGGAAACAAAUACCGUCACCUGCGUUUUCGCUCCAAUUUUUCGCGCCAGCUUCAUUAUCAUCAUUGUUGUUGGUAAUUAUUAGUAUUAUUGGACACCUCGACGCUUGUUCUUUUGCAGGAGGUGACCACAAGGAAUUAGGCAACACUUAAAAAACCUAUCACCGUAUUUUAAUUACAUAUAUUUGACAUAAAAACCAGCUUGAGUCAGAAUCAUGCCGAGGUCUAACAGGCAAAAGGAAUACAAACCUGGAGAUCUGGUGUUUGCUAAAAUGAAGGGGUAUCCACACUGGCCUGCAAGGAUUGAUGAGCUACCCGAAGGAGCUGUGAAGUCUCCCUCAAACAAAUACCAAGUCUUCUUUUUUGGGACGCAUGAGACGGCAUUUCUUGGGGCCAAGGAUUUGUUCCCGUACGAUGAAAGCAAGGAGAAGUUCGGAAAGGCGAACAAGAGGAAAGGCUUUACUGAGGGACUCUGGGAGAUUGAGAACAAUCCCACCGUCACUCAUGAAGGCUACGAGUCGUCACAGAAGGACAACUCUUCGGAAGGCGCCGCAGACACGGCCAGCUCGGAGAAGGCAAACGCCGAGGGCAGCAGCGACGAGGACGAGGGCACCCUGGUGAUCGACGAGAAGAACGAGAGGGGCGGGGCUAAACGAAAAGCAGAGGAGUCCGCAGGGGCGUCCCCCAAGCGGCCAAAGGAUUCGGAGGCGGAAGGUGACGGCAACAACGCGGACGCCAAGCUGAACGAUGUGGCCGGGAGCAAGGAAACAACGCCUUCCUCACAGAGCGAGUCCAAACCAGAGGCCCAGGAAAARGCUCCCGAAGGAGCCCAGCUAACAGCAGAGAAGUCUGCGACAGACAGCGCCUAACGUCAGCUCAGAAGAAAACCAAGAACCCUCAAUGUAUGCUUUUCUCUGGAAAUCGAGCAUCGACAUGAUUACCCACAGGACGCCAGGUUUCAGCUGUUUAACAAAUUCAAGAAUUUAAGACUAAACGUGUUUAAGAUGAAAGACAAAUUUCCAAUUGCCGUUUUUUUUCUGGGAUAUCAUAUAUCCCAGAAACCAAACAAAAACCAACAUUUACUUCAAUUAAACUGAGCGCUUUCAGGCUCAUGUAUAAACGGGAUUUGGGUGUUUAUAUAUUUUUUAUUUCUAAGUGCAAUUACAUGAUUACAAAGACUGAAUGAUAGGUGUCGAGACAUUUUUUUUUCCCAGUUGGAGCGAAUAAAUAAUAUAUACUGCAUUUAAAAUAAAAGAACAUAACAUUUAAAACACGACUAAAAAAUUGUCAUUUGAAGGUCUUAAAUCGUAGAAAUUGUACAAGAAAUAAAACAAAUUUUCACCAACACGCUUCAUCUUUAGUUCAUAGUGUUCUUAGCUUCAUUCAGUCCUUUAUUCAGUCAUUGGAUGUAUGAUGAGUUGCACGUUCAGCCCUCUUUCCUCAUUCAUUGUUACUCGUUAAUUUGCUUUUUAUGCAACACAGGUUUUUGUUGUUUUGGUGCGUUUUGAUGCUUUACUGGAGGUGACCAAAUUCUGCAGGAUCUCAAAUGUGGUCGAAUCUCAUAUCCAGCCUAAAAUAAAAGCUCUGCGACGCUCUUUUUAGUGGACGAGGUUGGAACAUUCCUGAAUAUUGUGUUGAGGCGGAGCAGUGGUGACGCUGCGAGGGGAAAAGGUCUUCACCUGUUUUUUUUUUUGUUUGUUUGUUUUUUUUUGUCGGAAUUUUAAAAUUAUAUCUCAAGACUAUUAAGUCCAUCUACAACUUCUUGACAUAAUUUCACAUUAAGGUCACAUUAAUUAACAUUAAUUCAAGGUUUCAUCUUUACUUAAAUAUCCCCCCUUUUAACUGGACUAUGAGUGGUUUUACUUUAAGAUGAUUUUUUUUUUUUACUUUAAACGUUGUGAAAGUUGUCCUUUCAUUGCUUCAGUGUUUUUUCACGUUUGGUGAUGUUUAUCAAGUCAUGAAACAUAAGGGAAGAAUCUGCAUUACAAAAAGUAAAAAAAUAAAAUAAAAAGUAACUGUUAAGUGUUGUUAGGAUGGCCACCUUUCUUUCAGCACCAAUCGACAAAAAUGUUCAAGGCACCACUUGAGGUCUGGAGUUAUUUUCAAGUGUUCGAUUUGGUUUGCAAGUGUUUUUAUUUUAUUUUUAUUUUUUUGCUUUCUCUGUUCCUUUCAGAAGUAUGACAUUCAUCUUAAUCUGCUGUUUAGUUUACCAUUGUAGUUGCCAGUUGAUUCAAUAAACAUGUUGAUUACCAAAAAGA